GACAACUCACAUGCAGGAACUCAGAGCACUGUGGUGAAAUAAUUAUGGCUAGUACUGAUUAUAAAUCUUGGGAGAGUAUUCAUGAGUACUGAGUAUGGAGACCCCACCCGGAUGCCCAAUAGACUUUUUAAAGGGAUCCGUGGUCAGACAGCUUUAGGAAAUUCCCGUCCAGGACCAAGACUGCUCUCCCACACUCCUGAUGUGGCCUUACCCCCCAUCUUGUGUGGCACCUGCCCACUCCGCCGGGAGCUGCAAGUCUGGGGAAGGACCUCAGUUUCACAGUGACAUCAGUUUAUGAAACUCUAGCUGAGACCACUGCCAAGAAGUGCUUGCUCACCCUCCUUCAAUGGUGGGGGAAUCUCCCUCCCCUUUUCAAAGGGACGCUGAAGACAGGAUUCAUACACGAACCCCAAUCCUUCCCACCAACCCCGGCCCACACCUCCCAGCAACUGAACGUGAAAAAAAAAAAGCUGGUUAAAACCACUUCCUAUAUUUGAGACUAGAGAAGAGAGUGGUAGUCACGAUUUCCUGACUGAACAAACCAGGCUAAUACUUAUAUAGAGCAAGUGCUGGCUGUCCUAGAGACGGAUGGACCAGCAAGGGUGACAACUUGGGCGGACUGAUCCUUCCCCAGCCUCCCAGCGCGAUGCCAGCACGAGGCUGAAAGGAAACCCAGCAUUCUGCAGAGAAGUACCUUUUCUUCCUGGCCCCCACAUCGGCAGCUGAUCCCAGGGGCGCAGAGGAUGGAGCCAGGCUUGCUGACGUGGGGAUUCUUCGUAUUCAUCGUUGUACCUGGCUGCGCGACAGAUGCUUGUCUUGAAGACCCACCGAGUCUCAGAAAUGCCAUGUUCAAGGUCCUCAGGUAUGAGGUAGGCACCAUGAUAAACUGUGACUGCAAGAAAGGCUUCCGCAGAAGGUUGCCCUUCAUGCGCUGCACAGGAAACUCCAGCCACUCUGCCUGGGAAAACAGAUGCCACUGCGACAGCACCUCCUCCCCUAAGACCCCAGGAAAACAAGUUACUCCUGGACUCAAAGAACAGAAUGAAGAAAAAACCACAGAAAUGCAGAGCCAAAUGCAGCCCACAGACCAAGCUAACCUUCCGGGUCACUGCAAGGAGCCUCCACCAUGGGAACAUGAACGUGAACCUUUGAAGAGAACUUACCAUUUCAUGGUGGGGCAGACAGUUUACUACCAGUGCACUCAGGGAUUCAGGGCUCUACAGGGAGGCCCUACCAAGAGCACCUGCAAGAUGAUCUAUGGGAACAUGAGGUGGACCCAGCCCAAGCUUAAGUGCAUAAGUGAAAGGGAGAACAGUCAGCUUCCAGGUGAUGAAGAGCCUGAGGAGAGCACGGAUGCUCCCCCUGGCAGUGAAACUUCUUUUCCCUUAACAACGAGGAUGGCAGGUACCACAGAUUUCCAAACACCCAUAGAAGUGGCUGCGACCGUGGAUACGUUCAUAUUUACAACCGAGUAUCAGAUCGCAGUGGCCGGCUGCCUCCUGCUACUCAUCAGCAUCCUCCUCCUGAGCGGCCUCACCUGGCAGCAGAGAUGGGCUUUGGGGUAAAGCAGAGGGAGAACUGGCCAGUGCACGCCUUCCCAGAGUCGACCCACGUUACAGCCGCAGGGAAACGGGAAAGCCAAGGAAGCGAACAUCCACUGAGCGCCUACUGUAUGCCAGGGUCCAUGCUUAUCUUGCGAACAUUAUGGCAACCUGAAACCUUUGCUACGGCUCCGCAGGUUAAGGCCGGUUAAGCACCGUGGACAAGGUUGCACAGCAAAGGCCCAAACUGCAACCUUUGUCGAGUGCCCAGUACCUCUUUGCCCCUGUCACCUGGCAGCGGAGAACCAAGGGCAGCGUCAGCCCUGGUCCUCUCCAGCGCUCCGCACUCCCCAGUGCAGACGCUCACACCAGAGCCCCCUAGACCGGGAACCUGACCCACGCUACCCCACGUGUGGACUUAUUUGCAUUAACUCUCCCCAGCUGCAGAGAACAACCCGGUGAGAUUUUAAAAAUACCAAUGCUUGGGUGGGCCCCAGAUAUCAGUACUUUUUUUUAAAAUUGAGAUAAAAUUCUUCAUUUUAACCAUUUUAAAGUGUGUAAUUCCGUGGUUUUCAGCACUGUUGUGUAUACACCACCAGUAUCUAAUUCCAGCACAUUCCAUCACCCCAAAAAGAAACCCCACAUUUCCCAAUUCCCCAUCCCCCCCAUUCCCUGGCCACCACUGAUCUACGUUCCAUCUCUAUGGAUUUGCCCGUUCUGGACAUUUCAUGUAAAUGGGACCAUGUACGUACUGUAUGCCCUGUUGUUACUGGGACGUUAGUACUUUUUUUUUUUUUUUUUUUGCGGUACGCGGGCCUCUCACUGCUGUGGCCUCUCCCGUUGCGGAGCACAGGCUCCGGACGCGCAGGCUCAGCGGCCAUGGCUCACGGGCCCAGCCGCUCCGCGGCACGCGGGAUCCUCCCGGACCGGGGCACGAACCCGUGUCCCCCGCAUCGGCAGCGGACCCUCAACCACUGUGCCACCAGCGAAGCCCCACGUUAGUACUUUUUAAAAAGCUCCUCAGUCGCAUCUAAUACAUACACAUCCAGUUUAGAUAACCCCGAGCUGGACCCGUGGUUCUGAAAUGUGAGUGCAUCAGAAUCUCCCAGGGGGGCUUGUUUUUUUUAAUUGAAGUACAGUUGAUUUACAGUGUUUCAGGUUUACAGCAAAGUGAUUCAGAUACAUAGAAAUACACACAUAUAUACUUUUGCAGAUUCUUUUCCAUUAUAGGUUAUCACAAGAUACUGAAUAUAAUUCUCUGUGCUAUACAAUAGGUUUUCAUUGUUUAUCUAUUCUAUAUAUAGUAUCUGUUAAUCCCAAAUUCCUAAUUCCCUGUGGGCUUCUUAAAGCAGAGCCUGCCAAGCCUACCCCCAAAGUCCCUGAUUCAGCGGGUCUGGGGUAGGGCCUGAAAAUUUACAUGUCUAACAAAUGCCCAGGUGAUGCCAAUGCUGCUGGUCCAGGGACCAAACUUUGAGACCCACUGCACUAACAGUGUUAAGAAUCAAGAGAGUGAAAUCAUUUUUUACACACACACACACACACACACACACACACACACACACACACACACACAGAGUCAGUCUCUCCCUCCCUUUAGACAGAGGACUAUGGAGACCUAGCUUGUCACUCUCCCCACCUCCCAGGGCAUCCCCUACCCCCUCUGCACCAAGUGCACUCUGCCAACCCUGAUAUAAACCCCCCAGAAGACCCUGAGAAGACAGUCACACACACACACACACACACACACCUCGCCAAGAACCAAAGCCCUCCGACCCCACAGCCUGCCUAGCCAGAGAGAAAUCAUCAGAUUCCUUCCAUUCUUAUCUUGAUCGUCAGGCCCACAAUAAACUGGUUUUCCUUGCGUCAGUUAAAAAGCACAAAUGAUUGCAACGCAAAGGAGAAGCCCUCUAGGGUUGUUGUGUUAGGAAUUAUUCGCAUACCCGGCAACCUACCAAUCCCUCUACGUGUUAGCCGAUUCCUGAGGCGUUUCUAUAGGAUUCCGUGAGAUGAUGCAGGUAAAUUGCCCAAGAUGUUAUCUUUACUCCACACACAGAUUCUCUCCUUCCCUCACUGACAGGACCUAAUACCUAUCAAGGAUCUUUGUAUUUGGUAGCUUAAAGACUCAAACCUUCGGACACAAAGGGAUGAAGCUAUUUGGGAGUGGGAAAGGUUUGGACUUGAUGUUGUGAAACCAAGAACUGCCUGAAACUAUAUGAGUUUCCAAGAUCUCCCAGAAUUGCAAUCUUCCAGGAGACCUAAAACCAGACACCUCAAACUGACCCAGAGAGCUGGUCCAAAAGCCUUCCUAGAAUUGAAUUUCAUCUGAUGGUGCCCUCUUGUGGCCAAACAGAAAUACUACAUUUGAUUUAAAAAAUUUUUUAAAGCAAUUACUAGGAGCUGACUUACCCCAGCUCCUGAGAGCCAAAAGCCAGAUGUUGUGGAAUUUUGACAACUGCUUUUAAGCAUAGCCGUUAUUAAAAAUUAAAGUAUAUAAACUUACAGUUAAAUAAAUUAUAUUAAAAACAAAGGCAGGGACUUCCUUGGUGGGGCAGUGGCUAAGAAUCCGCCU